GGUGGUUACCGUGGAGAACUUGUUGCCAGAUUAUUGCUUCUCAAUGCCUGGGAUUGUUGUAUCAACAAAAAGCACCAAGAUGACAAAAAUAAGAACCUAGAUAACACAAAUGUCAGUCAAAAUUAUUUUCGUUUCAUGACAAUCGAAGAAUUUUUAAAAUCAUUACUCGCUGACAAUGUUUAUGAGAAAAUAAGGGAUCGCCUUGAAGAAGAAGUGCAGUUUAUAGGAAGGAAAUUCGGCGAAGCUUAUAUUAAGUUCACACAUUUUAUCAACAUUACAUAUACUCCGAAUAGAAAGGAUCUCAAGGAUGCUCUGAUUCGCGGUAUUGCGUAUUCAUGUAAACAAAAUCAGCAGGGUGCAGAUAUUAUCAUACCUUUAUACAUAGGCACUCUUGAUGAAAAGAUCAAUGAAGAUCAUAUUUCAUACAUACUAAUACAAGUUAAAAAUCAAUCUAUUGAUCACAAAGGCUAUAAAUAUUUAGAGUCUGCAACUACUUGUCUGUCGCCAGCUUAUAUAGGUAUUGAGGAUAUAUCAUAUAUGCCAUUUUUGUCAUUGUAUAUGCAAUUAGGUGCAAAAUCAGAGUUAGUUGAUGUUCCGUCAAUGCCAACAAAAACACGUAAUACUACUUCAUGCAAAUGUAAAAUUGCAGAA